UUUGUGUUCUGUUUCAUUUUGGUUUGUUUAGUCAUGUUUUAUAGCUUGAUAUUAGAAUCAUCUACUCGCUUUUCUCCUACUCUUUCACUACUUUUCCGUCGGAGUGGAAAUAGAUUAUUAUGUUGAAACAUUCAGCCACGACUAUGCCUAGGUGCAUGAGAAAUCCCCCACGUGUCUUUUUCAUAUACAACCUCUUGUUCAAACUUAACUUGUUUUGCAAUCAAAAAAUUAUCACAUUCUUCUUUUAUCAGCUUGAAUUAAAGCAUGGAAAAAUCCCAGAGAAAUGUCACCCUCUUUGUAUUUUCACUCAUCAUACUCUUCCCUCAGAUUAUAAUCUCCACCGUUGCGUUUGAGCAAGAAAAACAAACUCUUUCUGAUAGAGUAAGAGACAUAUAUUCUUUAGUAAAAACACAUUCCUUAACUUCUUGGGAGAAGCUUAAAGUACUUGUCAACGAUGCUCAGAAACACUACUUUCCUCCGAAUAUCGAUUUCAGGCCGAAGGUUGAAGAAGAAGUGGAUGAAGAGAAGCCAAACCAACGGAUGAAAGAGGCGGCAAAGAAGACUUUUGGAUCAAGUAAAUCAACGGUUGAAAAAUCUGCUAAAUCGGCAGCAGGGGCUGUAGGAGAUGCUGUACACAAGACUAAAGAGAAAGUAAAAAAGAAGCAGUGCACCGGAGAUGCUUGCACUCAUGACGAGCUUUAGACUAAACACAAUCAUGCACCCGAUAUAUUUUUUUUAUACCAAUGAAGGCAACUAUUUUGUAUUUCUUAUGAUUUAUAAGAAAUUUUGAUACGGUCUAAAAUGAAGGCGGGUUCACAUGCAUGUUAUUUUUAUC